GUUAGUUUCCCUUUGAUUGAUCGAGAAAUGGGUGCUGCUGAAAACAACAGCCUCGGAAUGGAGGAGGGUGCCCUGGAGAUCGGCAUGGAGUAUAGAACGGUCUCUGGUGUUGCUGGGCCUCUUGUCAUCCUUGAAAAAGUUAAGGGACCCAAGUACCAAGAAAUUGUCAACAUCCGUCUUGGGGAUGGAACUACACGACGUGGUCAAGUUCUCGAGGUUGAUGGCGAGAAAGCUGUUGUUCAGGUCUUUGAGGGAACAUCUGGAAUUGACAACAAGUACACCACCGUUCAAUUUACAGGGGAGGUUUUAAAAACUCCCGUCUCAUUGGAUAUGCUUGGCCGCAUCUUUAAUGGUUCUGGGAAGCCCAUUGACAAUGGUCCACCUAUAUUGCCUGAGGCUUACUUGGAUAUUUCUGGAAGUUCUAUCAAUCCUAGUGAGAGAACCUAUCCUGAAGAGAUGAUUCAGACUGGGAUAUCAACCAUUGAUGUCAUGAACUCCAUUGCCAGAGGACAGAAAAUUCCCCUUUUUUCCGCCGCAGGUCUUCCUCACAACGAAAUCGCUGCUCAGAUUUGUCGUCAGGCUGGUUUGGUUAAGCGUUUAGAGAAGUCAGAUAAUCUCCUUGAGGACCAGGAAGAUGAUAACUUUGCCAUUGUGUUUGCAGCCAUGGGUGUGAACAUGGAGACUGCACAGUUUUUUAAACGUGAUUUUGAAGAGAAUGGGUCGAUGGAGAGAGUGACACUUUUCCUUAACUUGGCAAGUCUCUCAGCAAACGACCCCACGAUUGAACGUAUCAUCACUCCUCGUAUUGCUCUCACUACGGCUGAGUAUUUGGCAUAUGAAUGUGGCAAGCAUGUCCUUGUUAUUCUCACUGACAUGAGUUCUUAUGCCGAUGCUCUUCGUGAGGUUUCUGCUGCCCGUGAAGAAGUACCCGGUAGGCGUGGGUACCCAGGUUACAUGUACACUGACUUGGCCACCAUAUACGAGAGAGCUGGACGAAUUGAAGGGAGGAAAGGUUCCAUCACUCAGAUUCCAAUUCUAACCAUGCCAAACGAUGAUAUCACACAUCCCACACCCGAUCUUACAGGAUACAUCACAGAGGGACAAAUCUACAUCGACAGGCAGCUUCAUAAUAGACAGAUAUACCCACCGAUCAAUGUCCUGCCGUCUCUGUCUCGUCUCAUGAAGAGUGCCAUUGGGGAAGGGAUGACUCGCAGGGAUCACUCUGAUGUUUCAAACCAGCUGUAUGCAAACUAUGCCAUUGGAAAGGACGUUCAGGCAAUGAAAGCCGUGGUUGGAGAAGAAGCACUCUCGUCCGAGGAUCUGCUGUAUCUGGAGUUCUUGGACAAAUUCGAAAGGAAGUUUGUGGCACAAGGAGCGUAUGACACGCGUAACAUCUUCCAGUCGCUGGACCUGGCCUGGACACUCCUCAGGAUCUUCCCGCGUGAGUUGCUUCACCGUAUACCCGCAAAAACCCUCGACCUGUUCUACAGCAGAGACUCCACCAACUGA